AUGAGGAGAAAAGGCGCCAAGGCAUGGCCCACGAGGCUGAGAACUCCAACCAGGCACCUUACUACCACCGUCUGGCAGCGGACGCACGAUCCGAUGGCUCUCGCCGAUCCUCCUCCGAUCCUAGCGCAGUUGACCAGCGCAAGGUCAUGUGCCGAACAAAUAGCUGCUCUCAAGGCUCUCAAAAACGACGUUAUAGGCCAUAUACAAAAGAAGGAGCAGUGGGUUGAGCUUGGUGUCUUGGAACCUCUGGUCAGGGUUCUGGAUGCGGAUCGUCCCCAGACGCAGCUCAAUGGCAAAUUGAGUCGUGGCGAGGCUCAGCGAGCACUCGGCGAGGAGGAACAACUGCGUCUUCACGCGCUCGAGCUUCUUGCCGCCUUUGCUAGCGGCGGCCCUCCUUUCCUCUUCCCCUUGCACGCGGUCGAUGCAUUGUCUGUAAUUCUGUCGAGUGUCGACCCGACGGAAACCCACCCGAAGCUUGUCCUAGCGGCUUUGCGAGCAUUACUGAAUCUUUCAGAAGCUUCGUUGCUUGCAGCACCGCUUUCGCCAUACGAUACGACGAGCCUGGCGACCGGGAUCUUCACUCCACGAAAUUUGGAAGCGCUGCGAGCCAUUCUCUCGUCUUCCGAUGAUUCUUUGGUUCAGGCUUCUCUGGUAAAUGCUGCUGCGUCGCUCAUUGCAAGGCUCUGCAAGGAUGAGCAGCACCAGGUUGCUCUUGCAGAUACCGGAGUGCUAGACGCCCUCGCGACUCAGCUGGCGGGCUUCAUCGUCGCCAAGGGGCAUGUCAUCCCAGGUGCAGAUGUUGCUGCCCAGAAUGAAGGCUUGUCCGGAGGCAUACCUAACGCGGCAUCUCCGGGAACAAGUCUCCUCACUAUCAUGGACGCAAUAUCAGCCGUCAUUGCCGAUUCCCGUCUGCGAGCCUGCAUGCUCAUCCACUCCCCUGCAAUUCUCUCCACACUGCCACACAUAAAAUUGGACACGCCAAGUCAAGACGUUCCAGCUAUCUGGAACUCGCUUUAUGCCCAGGGUCUCAGCACUUACCAGUGGCAGAACUUUGGAGCCAUGGAUUUUCUACUGCCUGCUGUUCCUGGUCACCAUACUCGAUUUUCUGCCUCUCAAAUCUCGUCUUUCCCGCCCCUUGGCACAUCGCAUUCUGGAGAGAAUCUAAGCGGCUAUCAACAGAACCCUUCCGGUCGGCUGGACGUUGAAACGAGCAAAUGGGGCACUUCUUUUCUCGACAUCCUGAACCAGAUUGGCGAUCGGAGUUUGGAAGAGCCAGAGAGCCCCCUGAUCCCGUGGCUCUUCACCCUGGUCAGGGAGUCAGAGGAGUUGGAGAGGUUUAUGGCAGCCUCGAUAUUGUCCUCGCUCUACAAAGCGGGCUUCGCAAGCCGAUCCCGUGAACCAGCGCUGGCGAUGCUCAUAGUACCUCUCCUGCUUCACACUCUCUAUAUACUUGGUCCUGAAAUACCUCAAAAUGGGUCGACGUGGAUCGACUCUGAAGCUGCUGAAGAUUGGGACAGGACACAGCUUACUCUGACGGUUCUAGCUCGUCUUGUGACCGACAGCGAACUAGUGCAAAAGGCCGCUUUUGAAUGCGAUGCUGUCAAGGUGAUUGGCAAGUUACUGAAAGAUUCUUACGAGCCUCUGAACACAAGGUCACAGCCCAAGACCUGGAGCCCAUGUCCCCAAGAUGACAGCGCCAUGGCCGCCGAGGGCGGACCCGGACAUCGUGUCUUGGGCCCUCCCGGCCAGCUGGCGUUGCACGCUUACCGGGCUAAGCUGAGGGAGAGUGCCCUCAAGGCGGUCGCAGCGAUUGUUUCCUUCAAGGAAGAGUAUCGCAAAGCCUUCGUUGAAGAAGACGUCAUGCCUUACAUCGUCGAAUCUCUGACUGAACAUCCUACGAAACCUUCAAAGUCAAAGGAUCGGGCGAAAUCUUCAAAAGAUGGGAGCGAGCUUACAGCAGCGCAAGCUGAGGCUCUCUAUGGCAAUAACCCCAUCAGCGUUCUCAUUGCCGCAUGCCAUACAAUUCGCAUGUUGUCGCGCUCGGUCAGCAUUCUCCGGACCGCUUUGGUCGAUGCCGGGGUUGCCCAGCCUAUCUUCAACCUACUUCGACAUCCCGAAUUGGAGGUCCAAGUCGCAGCCACCGGGGCCAUUUGCAAUCUAGUCCUAGAUGUUAGCCCCAUGAAGGAGCGACUGGUUGAGCUCGGGAUCAUGAAGGUGCUUUGCGAGCACGCCCACUCACAACAUGCGCCGCUCAGGCUGAAUGCGCUCUGGGCUCUGAAACACUUUGUCGAUGGGGUGGGUGCCGAAACGAAGAAGGCUUGUGUGGAUGAGCUCGAGCCUGGCUGGCUCGUGCGUCUGAUUUGCGAUGACACCGAGGAUGAGGCCCUCUACGCGCGAAUGAAGAGCGAAAGGCAGACACCAGCACCCAGGGGAGACGGCAUGGACGAGGACGUCGAGAUGGACCAAGAGGAGGAAGCCAGAUCAUGGGACUCUUCGUCUCUACAUAGGGCCAGCUUCCCUAAGACAAGUCACGAGAGAACCAAGACUCUACGGGUACGGCAAGCAGAGAGCAGGCUGGCGGCCCUGCGCGAAGCCGAGCUCAACCCGGUCCGGCGCGCAAGGAGCGAUGACCUCGCCAUCCAAGAGCAGGGACUCGACUUUAUCCGGAACCUCCUUGGGCCGGCUGGGUCCAGCAACAUGGACGCGCAGCAGGAGACGACCGAGAUGAUCGACUACCUGUUCAGCGAGCUGGGCCAGGACCGGCUGUUUGGGAUCCUGGCCAGCAAGCUGCGGGUCAAGGUGCUGCACCCGUUCGGGCGGCGGACGGCGGCGGGGAUCCAGAACUCGCGCGUGCUGUACCCGCAGCCCAAGAUCGUCGAGGCGGUCAUGUACGUGCUGGUGCACAUCGCGGCGAGCGUGCCGCGGCACCGGCAGCUCGUGAUCGCGCAGACGGACCUGCUCAAGCUGCUGAGCAACCACUUCACCAACAAGGACAAGAACGUGCGGCUGGCGCUGUGCCACCUCAUGGCCAACCUCACGUGGCGGGACGGCACGACGGACACGCAGAGCUCGUCGCAGCGGGCGCACGAGCUCAAGCGGCUCGGCAUGCUGAGCAAGAUCGAGAAGCUGGCAGCCGACGACGCCGAGCUCGACGUCAGGGAGCGGGCCAAGUCGGCCAAGUGGCAGAUCUCGCAGUCGAAUAAUGAGUACUAA